AUGACCGUAAAGUUGCCAGAUCUCAUUCCACCCUUUCGCUACUCUUUGGUAGAGGAAAACAUGUUUAGGGGUGGAUACCCCAAGCCAAAAAACAUUCGGUUCCUGAAGAGAUUGCGACUCAAGACCAUUCUUUCACUUAUUCCAGACAAUCUCAUGCCAGAAAUGUUGGAAUUCUGUGAAAAUCAAGGAAUUCAGGUAGUUCACUUGACAGUGGACAAGAUGAAGGAGGAUAAUAUUCCUCUAAGCUACAACAAAACACUCAUGGCACUUCAGAUUAUGAUUGAUCCAACAAACCACCCUCUUUACCUUCACUGUUUGGAUGGUGCAGAUGUAACAGGGCUUGUUGUUGCAUGUCUCCGAAAAUUGCAAAUGUGGAAUCUAUCCAGUGCAAUGUGUGAAUUUUCUAGGCAUCUUCACACAAAUGUCAUUGCUUCAGAAGAAUUUGAAUUUGUAGACAACUUUAAAAACUUUGAGAUCACAGUUCCUUUAACACUACCUCGCUGGUUAUGGAAUGGCGAAAUCACUUUUAGAAAGCAUUCGUGCCUUCGAUUGAAGUUCUUGAAUCCUGACAUGAUGACAGAAGAGGAGAGAGAGCUGCGUGAAUUAAAAGAGAAAAAAGAAAAAGAAAAAGAAGACUUUUACAAGAAGCGCAAAAAUGAUCUCUUGGACAACUUGUUCGACACUGUGUCUCCUGUAAAUAUCACUAGACACCGCAAUGGAUCUCAUUUUACAAACAAUACAACAAAU